AUUUCAUUUCUGAAGCCGCCGCAAUGGCUCGCAGCGAGGCGUCCCUGAAGUCCGACCCUCGCUUCGGGCUGGACUCCCGAUGGAGCUGGGUGACGGCGGGCUUCCUCAGCUGGCUGCUGUGCGGCGCCAUGAUGACGCAGCAGGCGGCGGGCGUCCUCUUCUUCGGCAUCGUCGACACCUACGGCGUCAGCAGGGAAGAGGCCUCCUGGCCGCUCGUCCUCAGUGCCAGCGUCGUCUGCCUCACAGGUCCGGUGAUCGGAUACCUCUGCCAGCGUUUCUCUUGUCGGCCGGUGCUGAUGUUCUUCUCAUUCGCCUCGGCAAUCUCAGUCAGCGCCUGCUACUUCGCGAACAGCGUCCUGUUCCUCACGAUAGUCCUGGGAAUCGUGCACGGAGCUGCUGUGUCCGGUGUGUUCGUCGGUGUCCAAGUGCUGGUGUCGCAGCACUUCGAGAAGCGGCGCGCCACAGCUUGCAGCAUCAUGUUCACCUUGUGUGCCGUCAACAUGUUCUUCUCCGCUCCUUUAGCCGACUUCUUCCGCGUUACUUACGGCAUCAAGGGCGCGUUCUUGCUGCUGGGCGGCCUCGUACUGAAUGCGUUUCCCGCCGCCAUCGCCGUGCAAAACCCGGCCUGGAUGGAACUCGGGGACAAAAAAUCUCCAGCCAGCAAGAAAUGCGAGGGUUUCUCGAAGACUGAGACGUCGGUAGUAGCUCCCCUGCUGACCGCGUACUCCGAGAAAGAACAAGCUGCUUCCGAGGAGGGAAAGAAAACCAUUUUAGAGAGUAUAACCGUGGUGCCUGGACCAAAAGCGUGCGUGGUUCCCAACUACGCGCGGAAUCUCAGGAACUUUUGUUCGCUCCUUCGAUCCACGACCAGCGUGAGAGCGGAAGAAGGGAUUUUGCAGGACAUGGCAGCGCAUGCGAGACGUUUCGGGACGUGGCGAUUUGUUCUGGACGCGCUAUCCUUCUCGGUAAUAAUCUUCGGACUGACGACCUUCUUCAUGUUGUACGUAGACCUCGCCACCGACCGGGGUGUCGUGCCUACUCGCGCGGCUUUUCUCGUGUACGCAUUCGCGGCCGGCGAUCUCGUCUGCAGGGCGCUGAGCGGGGUCGUGAUCGACUCGGGACUGUUGACGCUCGACUCUGUGAUGCUCUUAGGAUACGUUCUUCAAGCCGCCGGCUUCGAGCUGUUCGUGUGGCUCAGGACUUUUCCCACGAUGAUGGCCUGUUCGGCGCUCAUAGGGAUCAGCAACGGGUUCAGGCAUUCGCUGCAGGCGCCGCUGCUCGUCAAGGACUUUGGAAUACAGCACCUGCCCGUGAUGAUGGGCGCGCUGUCUUUCUGCAAUGGCCUGGUGCUCUUGUUCAGGCCGAUGUUAGUAGGCUACUACCGGGACCAGCAGGGAUCUUACGACGGUCUCCUUCACAUUGCGGCCGCCGUGAACUCCGCUCUCUGCCUUCUUGGGCGAUAAGAAUAUUUAGCGAGUGCAGACAAGAGUGGUCACGAUGCGGCCACUCCAAGCAGCGCCAAGUGGAGGUCGGCCUCUCUUGAGUCGGCCGUAGAG